GAUGGACCAUUCGCCUGGCCGGGUACUGUCCAAGGUAUCCUCCUGAGCGCCUACUUUUGGGGAUACCUCGUGGCCCAAAUUCCUGGAGGCAGAGUAGCGGAGCUGUUCAGCGCAAAGUGGGUCAUGUUUUUCUCGGUCGCUAUCAACAUUAUUUGCACCCUUUUGACUCCCCUGAUGGCUCAGCUUCAUUUUGGAGCUCUGAUCGCGAUGAGGAUAGGAGAAGGAAUUGGGGGUGGCGUUAGUUUUCCCGCCAUGCACGUGAUGUUGGCUCACUGGGCUCCCCCCAGCGAGAGGAGUGUCAUGAGCAGUAUUGUGUAUGCGGGGACAGCCUUAGGGACUGUGGUAUUCAUGCUUGUAUCUGGUAUAAUAGCUGGUGCCGUAGGAUGGGCUGAAGUGUUCUACAUCGAAGGUGGAGUUAGCCUGAUCUGGUUAAUACUUUGGACGGUUCUGGUAGCUGAUUCUCCAACAUCUCAACGUUUCAUCAGCAAGGAAGAGAGAGAUUUUAUUGUUUCAUCUUUGAAUCAAGGCCAAGAAGGUGUAAAACAUGAGGAAAAGCACAAAAUGCCUUGGAAAUCAGUGCUGACGUCUCCAGCUUUCUUAGCCAUACUAGUUGCACAUACCUGUUCAAACUGGGGCUGGUACAUGGUUCUAAUAGAGCUGCCGUUGUACAUGAAAACCGCUCUCAACUUCAAAAUUUCUGAAAACGCUGUUCUCACCGCUGUCCCAUUCUUGUGUAUGUGGCUCUUCAGUCUGAUUCUGAGCAAGACCUUGGAUACUUUGCGCGAAAAGAAGUUUAUAUCUACAACGACAGCUAGAAAGACCGCGACCGGGUGUGCCAGUGUGAUCCCGAUGAUUUGCUUCAUUGCUCUUUGCUACGUCGGGUGCCAAAGGGCGUUGGCGGUUUUUUUGAUGACUUUGGCCGUCAUGUCAAUCGGAGGGAUGUUCUGCGGAUUUUUAUCUAACCACAUCGACAUUGCUCCUAAUUUUGCCGGGACACUUAUGGCCUUAACGAACACAGUGGCGACAAUCCCUGGUAUCAUUGUGCCCGUUUUUGUGGGAAAGCUGACAACAGCUGAUAGCUCAAUUAGGUCGUGGAGGAUUAUAUUUUGGACCACCGUCGGUUUCUACAUAGUAGAGAUAUUGGUUUACAUGGUAUUCGCAUCUGGUGAAGAGCAACCUUGGAACAAAGUUGAAGAAUCUGCAGGAGAAUCACAACCACUCACCUCCACGAAACAGAAAAAGGAAGAAAUCAACGUUGAAAAACCAGAAGUGAAAGCUAUCUGAAUAUAUCUAAAUUACAAUUUGGGAACUGAUAUUUAUUGUAGCUUCACAAGGUCUGAUGCUGAAGGAUCUGAUUCAACCAACUAA